CGGUCCGGCCUGGGUUCCCGCAGCCCCUCGUGGAGGGGACGCCCCGACGGAGAAGAGGUGGGGAGAGGAGUGAGGACCUCGGCUCCCUCGGGACGGGAGCGGUGGAAAUCCCGUUUGUCGUAGCCAGACCCGUGUCCUCUCCCUCCUGAGACACGCGGGGAGUCAAGAGCUGUGCCCAGGGGAGGGUGUGAGGUGUAGGUCGGACUGGCUGAAAUGCAAGGAAAAUAUCUGAAAAAAAAAAGGGGAGGGGAAAAAACCCACCAGAAAGAAUGUUUUUGCAGAGUGGAAAGGUGGGCAGAGGAUGGGGAAAGUGCGAAGGGAGCAGGGUAGACAGCUGAGACCUGCGUCGCUCCUGAGUCUUGAUUUGGGCUGACAUGAAAAAUUCAUGUCAGAAAUCGAGGUGAUUCUGAGUGUGAUAGAAAGGUAAAGCCUAAGUAAAGAAUAGAAGGAUGAAGCAUGUGCACUUCACAGACAUGUCUUAUUCCCCAAGCAAGUUGGAGGUUAACCUGGAAAAAAAGUGAGGUGAAGGCAUCGGUUUAUUUAGUCAGAAUGGAUUAUGGAGCUGUUGAAAGUAAGUAUAGCUGACUGUUAACACUGCAGGAAGAAAACUUCUUCCCUCCCUCUACAUUAAAACUCUGUGCAGCCUCAGCCAGAAGCACAAAUUCAUAAAACCUUUGUGUGCAGUCAACUCCCAGGUUUAACUCUUCACUCCAAAUUCUUUCAUACAGAGUAAAGUGUUUGCCUAUUUUAACCUCAGCUGGCCAUCAACUCGUACAAAGUCAUGUGCAAAUGCAAAAGUUAAUCUCCCUUGUGCCUCUGUUGCAGUGGACAGCAUGAGUAUCUUCUCGAUUUGAAACUUACACAUCAUUUCCAAUUUGGAAGUUUUCUGCUUCCGAUACAUAGGCUUUGUAAAGUCUUUCUACUUUUGUUGUUUACUGUUACCAAAGGCCAAUUCCACAACCAUUUUAAAAUCACAUAGGUUUUCAUUGGAUUACCUGUUUAUGUGCUUAAUCCUAAUUGGGUCUGGAGCUGCCUUUUCAAUUCUGUUCACGACACAAACAACAGGAAGGUCCUGUCCCUUAUGUAGUUCUCCUAUGUGCUACAAUAAUACCCAUGUAUUAUUAAAAAUAAUAAAUUAAAGAAGCAGACCAGGCAAAAUCACUUCUCUCUUGCAGAAGAGACCAAUAUAGUGAAAGAGACAUAAGAGAUGAGUAACCACAACUACCUAAAGCAAACAAGAAAAUACAAUUACAUAGGUAGGAGCAAAAUGAUCAGAGGAGACCCAGCUGUGGGGAAGAGUGCUUUAGCCCAGAUGUUUCGCAGUGAUGGGGCUCAUUUUCAGAAGAACUACACACUGACAACGGGCAUAGAUCUGUUGGUGAAGGCUGUAUCAGUUCCAGAGACAAGUGAUAGUGUGGAAUUCUUCAUUUUUGACUCUGCAGGAAAAGAUCUAUUUUCUGAAAUGCUGGAGAAACUGUGGGAGCAACCCAACGUUCUGUGCCUUGUGUAUGAUGUCACUAAUGAGCAAUCUUUCAACAACUGUACCAAAUGGCUGGAGAAGCUGAGGGCUCAAGCAGUUGGGGUGCACAUCCCAGGUGUCCUAGUGGGGAAUAAAACAGACCUAGCUUAUCGCCGAGUUGUGGAGCAGAAAGAAGCACAGGAGUGGGCUGAGAAACAUGGCCUGGAAUACUGUGAGAUGUCAGUGAAGGAGAUGAAAAAUUUUGAGGCCCCUUUCCACAUCCUGGCAAAGUUAUUCCACCAACUGUACAAAGAAAAAGUGGAAACUUUUCGCUCACUAGCAUGACUGGUAUGCCUUAUUUAUCCUCUAAGCUUCUUCUAGUGCCUAGAAUCCUGCUGAAUGGAAUACAGAGAGAAGAAAAAAGAUGAACUAUUUGCUUCUUCGUGGUCAUCUUCUGGUAAUUCAAAAUAAACUAGAAAUAAGCAAGUGGAAAGACACUCUUACGAAGUUGCUACCUCAGCAUUCCUUUCAUGUCCUCUAACUUGGUUCUCUGCUCACUGAAAAUCUGCUAGGUUGGAGGAGGCGGGGAGUAAAAGGGAAGGGCAGAAUGGAAAUUGCCAGCUCUUUGCUUUGAUAUCUUCUUGUCUGAACAGACUUCCUGCUGCUACAAGCAAGGAUUUAGAGGUUUGGAAGCAGAGAGAGGAAGCUGACAGGAUGCUUUUCGACUUAAGCAACCCAACCUUGACGCGUACCUUGCAGGGCUGGACUGAUUUGGCCCUACGUCUUGAAAAGCAUUUUCUGGAGGAGGCCUAUGCCCUAAAAUCAACACCUGGAGACUGAGAUAUGUGGGAACUGAGCUGGAUUUAGGUGUGUUUCUAGGAGUGCCCACAGUUUGAGGCCUGUUUUAAAAGUGUUGCCCUUAGCAGUUGUAGGAGUGAUAUGCUGGUGACUAAUACGUGUUUCUGGUUUCUAGAAUGUUUCUUUCCUUCGACAUGGCUCACUGUCACUGCCUGGUGGGAAGUGUCUCGCGUCUGUACUGCUGUCACUUGGUGACGCAGUGCCCUCUGCUGGUCCCAGGUCACAGGAGUUGUCCAGAGGCUGCCACCUCCCUUGAAGUGAGCGGGAAGGACUUCCUGCAGGCACAUCCAAAUUGGUUAAUCUGCAAAAUGGGGUCAAAUUGCAAGAAUACCUCUUCUAUUCUAAAGACGAGUCCAAAAUGUAGAACAAAUUACCUUUUCUUCGUUAUGUCUUUGUCAUCUUAUAUUUUUUUGUGUCAUUUUUGUCAGCUGAACUUGGCAAUACCAUUCUGAUAAGGUUCAGUUCUCAAUCUCAAAAUCAGAGUCCUGUUUCUUGUUAAACUCUCCCUGCUUGUCAUUGACUUUCGGAUUAAAGACCACGGUUCUGGUGUUGCUAAUGGAAACGGGACUAGGGAAAUGAAAGACAGCCUGGGUAAGUUGCUCUGACUCAGCCGUGUCUGGGUAGAAGUUUCGUAUUAGAAAGGGCAGAAGCCUAGAGAGAGCUGCUCUUUUGUGUGGAGCACUGACGUGUCAUGUGUAAGAGUCAUUGCUAAUGCAGAAUGCAAAAGCACCCGUGAUAAGGUCCUGGCUUCUAACUGAGCCUAACACCAAGAGUUUCAAAAAUUUAGCCUUUCUCUUCUCCCAGAUUAUCAUGACAGCCUCCCCGGUGCAAGAGAAGCUGAAUUUUGUAGAGAGUAAGCACUGAGUGAUUUUUCAGGCAGGAUUUUCAGGAAUGUGUUUCAAAACUUUUAUACAUAUGGUUUCUAAUCAUUUUUAUGGCCAGUGCUAGGAAAAGUACAUUGAACUGAACAUGAGAAAUAUGGGUGCAGAUGUUGCAGCAGAGUUUACGGACCACUUCAAGAAUCUGGAGAAGCAGCUGGGCUCAUUUUGCUGACAACAGUGUGUUGAUGCUGGGAAUUAACUAGGAAACUUGAAUACCAGAUAAAGAGGUUGAGUAGGAGCUCAACCUGCAAGAAACUAAAAAGAAGAGGUUCUUUUGCUAGAAGCCACCUCAAAAACAACAGAACAGCUGGGAAAGCUCCUGCUUUCUCCAAAGAGGAAGGGGUCAUCCGUGAGCUUAGGGUGACUAGAAAACUCACUCAUUUCUGAAUUGGAUUGGCGUUACUGGCAUAUGGAUCUUACAUGGGUGUCUUGUUAAUCGUGGGAGUUUUCUGUUGGUUUACAUAGGCUGAGUAGACUCUUACCUCCAGGUGCUGGUACCUCUGACUAUUCAGAAUAAAGUUAUUUUUAAUGCUGUGCUGAUCUAGUUAAAGGACUAAAGAAGUUUUAUUUUGGUUUGGUAGCUCAUUUCCCCCUGGUUCUAUUGAUGAUAUGAUUACAAAACAAGACACAUGUUUCUUCAUAUUGAAAAUAACAUACCAGGUGUGUAUGCCACCUGUGACCUGGUGUAUACAAGGGGGAUGAAUGCCUUGGGAAUAGAUAAUAAAAUGAAUCCUCUGCAAUCUUUAACCAGGGAGUCCAUCUCUUCAAACCAGAAGGCCCUCCCAUAACUUCAAAUAAGCACUUUAAACGCACCAGUAAGAUGAAGAUUGGUGAACUCUGUUUUAUUAAAUGAAUGCAAAAGCUGGAGGAUCUCAUUAAGAGAAUGCUUGCAGUGGUGAUUUGUGAUUUAUAGGGAAGCUGUUUUUGAGAGGUUAGUGAAGAAAAAUGCAUCCCAUGCAGGGAAAGAUAUAUUGCCUGAGAGAGGAAAUGUAUGAUCCAAUUAGCUAGCAGUAGGGAUUCACCCACUGCCCCUUUCCCUCUUCCACAGGCCAUAACUACAAUUAGAAAAGAAGUGGUGUCUAAAGCAUGUUGUCCAACUUGUUUUUUACAGGAUUAUUUCAAGCACUAAUGUAGAGACAGUUUAAUGUCCUUCAAAAGGGUGUGUUUGACAAUAACCAUCCAACCCUUUCAAAUGCAUUUUAAAAGCACCAUAUAUUGUCCUUCCUGUCUAAUGUGCUAUAUAAUACCAGCAUGAUGCAGGUGGUGCUUCUUGCUAUUUUCCUAGCUUAUUUGUGACCUUGAUUGUAUAGGCCAGUAGUGAAGAGUGGGAAGAGAACAUGAGAGCCAGACUGUGGAAAAUAGUUUUGUGUCUGCGUGAAGGAGUUCAGGGUGGUGAGUAGGUGAGCUGGGCGAGCAGGAUGAGUAAGAGUCUGAAACCAUUAUUAAGUUUCUCUUACUAUAUUUACGAACUGUUGUGGUCACAUCUGUGGGGUGAAGAUGUGUGUUUGCUGCCUACAGCCGUAGCAUCAGUCUGAAUUACAAGUGCUGUGGAGAACAGUGGGAGGAAGACAGAAAGCCUGUCUGCUGACCAGGAAGCUUGUUGUCUUCUUACAGCUCCCCUGCUUUGUCCAGCUGUGCAGUGCUGCAGGUGCUCAGCACGAGCAUUACAACACAGAAAAGACCCAACUUAACCAGAACUGAAAUUUCAAAAGAAGGGGGAGGAAACAAACAGGUCUUUAAUUGUUUUUAACAGAUAUGUAGUCCUUUUUCCUGCUUGCUUGUCUGAUUAGGCAAAACCAUUUCUUUCCUCCUUGGAGCCCCUCGUUCUUACCUUUCCUUUGGUCCUCAUGGUUUUGCUCAGAAUCCCUGUUAUACUUGUGCCCUGCUUUACUUAGCUUGAUACAUCACCAGCUGACUUUUUUUUUUUUUUAUCCUUCUAAUUUCUGCAUUAUCUAUUCCCGAGGCUGCAAGACAUUUCUUCUUAGAGAGAUUAAUAGACGAAAGAAAACAAAAGUGGAAUUUUUAGUCAAAUUGUCUUGGAAGAAAGAACCUUAAGAAGCUGUCUGACAUUCUGAAAUUUUACUGGAAAUUCAUUUGUGUAAAGUUGUCAUAUUAAAGAUGCUUUAAUGGGUUUGUUUUGUCUUGCCAGACAAAGUCUACUGUGCAGUGAAAUGCAGGAUGUAAAAUUCCAGAAAGAUCAGGUUUUAUUGUGAGAGUUAAUAGGAGUUUCAAAGCUGAUCCUACUGUGAUAAGAUCUGUUCAGUCUUAACAAUGGAGUGGUCACUGCUGUUCAUAAUAAAGCAUUAAAUAUACUGAAA